AUGCCCGCCGCGCGGCGCGGCGGUGGGCCAGCGCGCUGCGACCGCGGGCGCGCGCGGGGCGCCUUCGCGGGCCUCGGGGCCCUGCUGGGCCUCGCCGCCGCGCUGGCUGAGACCGCCCCGGCGUUCGUGGAGGCACCGCGGCCCGCCGCGCCCCGGCGUGCGACCCUGCUGGGCCUGCUGGCCGCCCCGUGGGCCCCCGCAGCCCCGGCGCUGGCCGAGGGCCCGCGGUGGGAAGGCCGGUACGCGGAUCCGAGGCACGUCGGAUGCAAGCGGGAGAUCAAGGCGAACGGGCUCAGCUUGACCAUCUCUGGGACCAAAGGUACGCCAGGCCCAGGCUGCGGGGCCUCGGACACCGAGACGGCUUGGACGAUCCCCGCCAGCAUCCCGUCGCUGGAGUCCCUAGACAUCGUGAUCGACUUCUCCCCGAAGGGUGGUCCGAAGGAUCUGCCGGCCAAGUGGGACGGCGAUGGGAUCAAGUUCGCAGAUGGGAACAAGUGGAAGAAGCUCAACUAG